AUGGAAGCCCCUGCGACAGAGAUUCCACCUCCACCUUCUGCUAGUGACAACGCCAUUCCACCUCCACCCUCUGCUAGUGACAACGCCAUCCUCUCUGUGACCUCUGCUCAUACCACCUAUAGGUGGUACAAGAUGGAGUCCAAGCAAGGCAAGAAGAACAAAGACAGAGGACAUCUGAAAGUCAACAUCCAGUUCAUGAGGAACAACAUGACGGCCAGUAUGUUCGACCUCUCCAUGAAGGACAAGACUCGCUCUCCCUUUGCUCGUCUCAAAGACAAGAUGAAGGGGAGGAAGCCGGACGGGUCGGACACUUCUUCCGCCAUCGUUCCCAGCACAAGCCAGCUCCAUGGUAACCGCUUCACCGAGGGCAAUGAAAUGCCGCCACACAAGGACAAACCCAAGAAGCCUUUCCUCCUAGGACCCCAGCGUCUGUCCUCUGCCCAUUCCAUGUCCGACUUAGUGGGUCCUCCGCCCUCCCGACUCGGCUCCGGGGGGCCGCCCGGUAAACAGCCGUUAGACUCCAUCAGCUCUGCAGAAGAAAGCGGAGGCCUCAAGUCACCUCACAGAAGAGCGAUGAGUGUAGACACAUCCAAAGAUGGGCAGCCAGAGACUAGCGAGCCCGGCGGCGACUGGACCAGCCACCCGGCCACCGAGCGAGUUCUCAGCAGCUCCAUUCCUCAGAAAUUUGCUACGCUCCCCAGGCAGUGGGCUCCCGGCGAUGAGCGUGCCGAGGUCUGGGACAGUUCCACCGCUACGGCGACUCACUCUAAAACAUCGGAGGGCAGGAGGGACGGGAAGAAGAAGGACAAAGUGAGCCUGUUCGAGAGAGUGACCGGGAAGAAAGAUGCCAAAAGGUCGGAACGGCACAACCAAGACCUCUCUGAUUGGGGUCUGGAGAACAGAGGCUCGGAGGUUGUCCCUCAAACACUGGCGCCCAACUACCAGUCCACCAACCCCUUCCGGGUGGGGAGUCAUCCUCCAGAGCCGCGCUCUUUCCCAAAACUCUCCACGUUUGAGGUCUCGGCUCUAGUAGGGAGUAGAGGAGGACUGGACGCGUACCGGCCCCUGCAAGGACCGCUGCACCUGACGCGUUCCGAGGUUGAACGGGAGCUGCUCAAGCACAAAGAACUCCUGAAGAAGAAGGACGGUCACAUUCGGGAGCUGGAGGACUACAUCGACAACUUGUUGGUGCGGGUGAUGGAAGAGACGCCCAGCAUUCUGCGGGUGCCCUACGUGCCUUCCAGGAAAGCCGGCAAAUUCAACCAGAGUUAGCCGGGCCACCGAUGUGACGGGUGAAUGUGGCUGCCGAGUCUUCCCCUACGACC